AUGGGGCUGUUAGAAAUGUCCCGUGUCGUGGGACUCCUCGUUUUGUUCUGCCUCCUGGGUCUGGAGGCAGUAGAGAAGAAACUACAUAACGUGUCAGCUGAAAAUCCUCCGGAAGGAAAUGUUGGUGCCGAGCAGGCGCGGAACGGCGGCGACCCGACAACAGUCGUGCGCGUCGCGAUUGUCGGCGGCGGGAUUACUGGCGCUGCAACUUCUGCGUUUUUGAAAGUGCUGGAGCAGCGAAUUCUCUCGGAAUUUCGCGGUAAAGGAUUGUGGAAACCGGGCACAGAAGAUGGACCAGCAAAGCCGUUUAAGAUCGAGAUCGACGUGUUCGAAAGCAACAACCGGUUGGGCGGGAGGUUGGACUACGCCGUCGUUAACGGACAAGCUGUUGACAUUGGCGGCUCGGAUAUUGAAGAGUCGAACAUUUGGUUAUCAACAUUCCAUAAUAUGCUGAAUAGACAUAUCAGCGAACAGCAGAAGGCCGCGUCGGAUGGUUUGGACGGCUCUGGAGGCGCGGAACGCCCGGUGCCGCUGGGGGCGUUUGAGUCAUCCGACAGCCGCACGCUUCUUAUCAUGCAUGGAAACCGCGUUCUGGACGUUUCUCACCCCGGAAUCUUCCUCGCUCUUCGCGGAAACGGCACUGGGUUGCUGAAUUUCAUGCGGAAGCUGCGUGAGAAGUGGAGGUCUGUGUACUCGAAGCUCGCGGGAAUGCCUCUGUGUGUGUACGUGACUCGCGACUUGCUUCUCCAACCCAAUUUCGAGAAGGAGAACGGCCACAAAUACGAAGAGUUGUGUGUCACGCCCAAAGGCUUCGCGUCAGGUUUAGACAUGCUAGACAGCGCAGGCUUGAAGCCGUUAGUGCAAGAAACGUUUGCGUCUCGGGUGGCAUCUAUCGGCCUUACUGCCGAGGGUAUGGAUUUUGUGAGCGGCGUUACACGAGCAAUCUACUCGCAGGAUUCAGUCGACAUCAAUUCUGUAGCCGGAGCUGUGGCCAUGCUUGGCGGCAUUGGGACACUGUUCCAGGAGAAGCGCUACUCCGGACGCGUCCUCGUGGAGUAUCUCAUCAACCGGUUUGCUUCGAAUACAUUUCUCGACUGCGCCGUGUCGCAAGUCGUUGAAGCAAAAGACCCUCCUGCAAAAAGGGUGACGAAAAGCGGGAAACAGUAUACGCUGAGCCCGAGACGCGAAUCGUGCGACACAGACGCGCGCAAGCGCAUGGACUCGGUCCGAUACGAUUUUGUUGUUGUUGCCGCGCCCCUGGAGUUAUCGGGCGUGAAGGUCUACAGACGGCGGGAAGAAGUUUCGCGGGAAUCCGCGAGCACGGGUGCGCUGGAGCCGAUUCCUGUGCUUCCGAAAUCGUGGCGAACGGUCCACUUGGCCUAUCUGGUUGCCGAUGCAAUCAGGUGGACUCGCUCUCCAUACGCGGUGGAGGACAGAAACAAGUCGACCGGCGUGUCGCGCUUGGUUCUAAAAGCGCAGCCCAAGGGUACAGUCGCCAGCAACACGCCCGACUUCUACGUUGCGGGGUGUUGGGGCCACGCGGUGGAACAUGGGGACCUAAACGCUCGUAGAAAAAAAAUGUCUGCAAAUAAGAUUGGAAUGAGUAUCGACAUACCCGAGCGAGAAAUGCACUCCGCCGCUCAGGAAAGCGGGGACGAAUCUCCUGGGAAGCAAACGUGGUGCCGAGUGGCAUCACCGCAGCGGUUGACUGAAGAAACUCUUCGAUCCACAUUUGUCAAUCCGCAGCACAUUUUCAGGCAUGUGUGGAUGGGGGCGUAUCCGCUCAUCGUACCCUUUGAUAUCGAAUCCACUUCCGUAGCGGCUGACGCGUUCACCAGCGCGUCGUCAAGCGCUCAGGCUUUCAUUCGCGACGUCCCUCCAUCAAAGCACACUUCUGGAGACGGGACAGGUCGGCCACGUUCCGUGCCUGCACAGUCGAACUUUGUCUUGACCGACAAUGUGCUGUAUCCGAGUGCUUUCGAAUCCAUAUUCUCUUGCAUGGAGGGACAGGCCGUCUCUGCACAGAACACGGUGAACCUCAUCGGGAGUGCUCUCGAUAUUUUGCCGGGUGACGUGGAUACACCGUAA